UACACAUUCCCUUUAGCGGCAAAAACGAAAAAAAGAAAAAAAUAAAAAAUAAAAUAAAGAAAAGGUGUUUUUCUUUUCUUUGAAGAUGAAUGAUCUUCUAACGGAUUCGUUUGUUAGUGAUGUGAAAGGCAAUACUUCCAGAGAACGUGAUAUAGAGAUGGGCUCUCGAUUCCCGAGGAGUAACUCGGACUUGGCUAUGGAAUCGUUUAAUAAGCAGAUACAAGAGGUCGAAAAACAGAUGGACAAACUCUCUCGUCUACUAGUAAAGCUUAAGGAUGCUAACGAGGAGUCAAAGUCAGUUAUGAAAGCAUCUUCUAUGAAAGCUAUUAGGAAGCGGAUGGAGAAAGAUGUCGAUGAAGUUGGGAAGAUCGCACGCAAUGUCAAACUGAGAGUUGAAGAAAUAAAUAAAGAUAACUUGGCCAAUCGGCAACAGCCAGGUUGCGGAAAAGGAACAGCUGUGGAUAGGUCAAGAAUGAAUAUGACAAAUGCCUUGACCAAAAAAUUCAAGGACCUUAUGACGGAAUUUCAGACCUUAAGACAGAGGAUAGAUGACGAAUAUCGCGAGGUUGUCGAGCGAAGAGUAAUAACAGUAACUGGAAGCAGACCGGACGAAGAGACUAUCAACAAUCUGAUUGAAACUGGAAACAGUGAACAUAUAUUCAACAAGGCUAUCCAAGAAACGGGGCAUGGGCAGGUACUGAAUGUUUUAGAGGAAAUUCAGGAGAGGCACGAUGCCGUAAGAGAAAUUGAGAAAAAACUUCUCGACCUGCAUCAGAUUUAUCUCGAUAUGGCUGUUUUAGUCGAAGCUCAAGGAGACAUCCUAGACAACAUCGAAAGCCAGGUUUCGAAUGCGGUAGAUCAUGUUCAAUCAGGGACAGGUGCACUUCAGAAUGCAAAGAAACUUCAGAAGAAAUCGAGAAAAUGCAUGUGCAUUGCUAUUAUUACUCUCUUAAUAAUCGUAGCUAUUGUCGUUGUCGGUGUUCUCCGACCUUGGAAAAACGGCAACGGCGCUUAG